AUGCGCGAGACUCUUGUUUUGCUUUUGUGCUGCGCUCUCCUCGGCACGGUCUUCGUGCAACACCCCGCAGCAACUGAGGCGGCGGCGGCAAAGGGCGGCCGGGUACUGUCGGAGUGGUGCGAGGUGUGCUCGGAGGUGGUGGGCGCACUCGACGCCCUUCUCGACUCCGAGCCCUCGCAGGAGGUCGUCAACAGCACCCUCAACCUGGUCUGCCGCCUCGUGUUCGCCACCAACCCGACCUCUCUCGCCACCUGCGAAAAGUUCGUGGCUGAGUACAGGGACGUGGUGCUGUUCAACUUCGAGGAGGAGGUCGACGCGGGGCGCGUGUGCAGUGGACUGGACAUGUGCAUCACCGACCCCACCGCCCCGCGCUUCCCGCACUCGGCCUUCACCACCGGCCCCUCGCGCGUCGCCGUCUCCUGGUUCACCUACGAGCCGACGAACAGCUCUCUUGCGACGUGGUCGGCCACCCCCAACGGACCCUCGCUGGGCGUGGUGCAGGGCUACUCCAAGUCCUAUCUACCCGCCGGAGGGUAUAUGCACCAUGCGGUGAUUACGGGACUGAAGCCGCGGACGGAGUACUACUAUCGGGUGGGCGACAAGGAGACGGGCCUGAGCGAGGCCUUCUCGUUCAUGACGGCCCCGGCGCAGUCGGUGCCCUUCACGGUGGCCAUCUACGGCGACAUGGGCGUACACAACAGCCGCGACACCGUCGCUCGCGUGCAGAGCCUCGUCCAGUCGCGCGCCAUCGACUGGAUCUUCCACAUCGGCGACAUCAGUUAUGCAGAUGACUACCCGGCCAACAUCUACGAGUAUGUGUGGAAUGAAUGGUUCCGCGUGAUGCAGCCCAUCACCAGCCGCGUCCCCUACAUGGGGUGCGAGUGGUACUCCAAGAACUUCACGGCCUACAACUUCAAGUUCCGGAUGCCGGGCCUCGAGGAGAACGGGUCCAAUUCCAACAUGUGGUACAGCCUGGACUACUCCUACGCCCACUUCGUCUCCUUCUCCGCCGAAACCGACUACCCCAACGCACCUUACUCGGCGCAGUUCGGUGAUCAGGUGAAGUGGUUCGAGGCUGACUUGCGCGCAGCGCACGCCCGACGAAGCCCGGAGCGUCCCUGGAUCAUCGUGGUGGGCCACCGCCCGAUCUACACCUCCAACGCCCAGACGCAAGGCGCGCCCAGCGGCUACGCCAUCAACCUCCAGAAGACGUUCGAGGAGCUGCUGCACAAGUACGAGGUGGACCUCUACAUCACGGGCCACGAGCACAGCUACGAGCGCGUGUGGCCCACCCUCCGCAACCAGGUGGUCCAGCGCAACUACUCCCGGCCGGCCGCCACGGCCUACCUCAUCACCGGCGCCGCUGGCUGCACGGAAGGGUUGACGCCGUGGAAGGAGGAGUUCGUGCCCGAGUGGAGCGCCUUCCGCACCAACACGGUGUGGGGCUUCUCCACGCUGGCCGUCUCCGCCGACCGCCUCGAGUGGCGCUAUCUCAACAGCGCGGACGGAUCCCUCGUCGACUCCUUCGUCCUCACACGUGGCGCCUGA